AUGAGCAGCGAUGGACCCAACCAGGUCAUCCGGCUCACUGGGCGCAGCCUUAUUGAUGGCCAGGCAUCUGGGGAACUCAUUUUCUCACAUGUCCCCUUGAGCUUCUGGGGAGGGGUCAGCGCCGAAACUGGCGUGAUAGUUGACGAGCACCACCCUCUUCAGGGCCAAUGUGUGACGGAUCGCGUUGUUGCAAUACCGGCUGGAAGAGGGUCAUGUAGCGGCAGUGGGGUCUUGCUGGAACUUCUCCUCAGGAAGAAAGCCCCGGCUGCGUUCGUGUUUCAGUCUUUCGAUGAAGUCUUGACGCUUGGAGUGGUUGUUGCAAAAGCAAUGUUUGGGCUCUCGAUUCCAGUUCUUACUGUGUCCUCUGACGAUUUCUUGCUGUUGCAAGACCAAAGUUACCUGACUGUUGCCGGCGCCAACUUGUGGAGUGGACUACAAACUCUCGAGCCAUUAGCACAAUCUCGGUGGAUGAAUGGUCGGAAUACUGUCAAACUGAGCGCCAAAGACAGACUCAUAGUGGCAGGCGAACACGGCAAGGCUGCCCAGACAGCGAUGCAGAUCUUGUUAACCGUGGCUGGCCUCCAGGGAGCGGAAGCUCUUCUGGACGUCACCCAGGCUCAUAUUGACGCCUGCGUAUAUACCGGUCCUGGUGGCCUCCAGUUCGCUGAAAGGCUAAUGGCUAUGGGUGGCAAGUUUGCCGUCCCGACGACGCUGAAUUCGAUUUCAAUCGACUCUCGGAGAUGGAGAGAGUGUGGCAUAGACCCUAUUAUUGCGGAUCAGGCACAAAAGCUCGCGGACGCGUAUAUGACAAUGGGUGCCGCCCUGAGCUUUACUUGUGCACCGUACUUGCUCGAGUCAUCGCCAAAGACUGGUGAAAAUAUUGGCUGGGCUGAGUCAAAUGCAGUAGUCUUCGCCAACAGUGUGCUCGGGGCGAGGACCCAGAAGUAUCCUGAUUUUCUAGACGUCUGCAUUGCUCUAACAGGAAGAGCACCGAUGGCGGGAUGCCACCUUGACUCCAAUCGGCUUCCGACGAUAGAGAUCAACGUUGUCCAAGUUUCUUGGGUGGAUGAUUCUUUCUGGCCUCUGGUGGGAUACCUUGUGGGCAAGCUCUGUGGUCCAGCGAUUCCACUGAUACUUGGCCUCGAGCAUACCUACCCAAGUACCUCAGAUCUCAAGGCGUUUGGCGCGGCAUUUGCAACCACCUCGUCGGCACCGAUGUUCCACAUAAAUGAAGUGACUCCAGAAUCCAUCCUAGCAGUCGCCUUGAAGGGCUCAAUCCCAACUACCGCAACAGUCACGAAACAGGGCAUGCGUACAUGCUGGACAGAACUCAACACUGCUCGAGCCACUUCUGUAGGACUGGUCUCUCUUGGAAAUCCGCACUUUUCACUCGAAGAGUUCGCGCAGCUCGCCCAACUCUGCUCUGGUCGGAACCAGCAUCCAGAUGUCCAAAUGGCCAUUACAACAAGUCGCGUUACAUAUGAGCAAGCAAAAAGGGCUGGACACAUUGGCACGAUCGAGACUUUUGGUGCACGACUAAUCACGGAUACCUGCUGGUGCAUGCUCGGAGAACCUGUUGUACCGCUCAGUGCACGGAAUCUCAUGACCAACUCGGCCAAGUAUGCGCACUACGCUCCUGGAAUGGUCAAACGUGGAGUCAGGUUUGGAAGUCUAGCUGCCUGUGUCGAAGCGGCGUGCAAUGGGCAGGAUCACAGCGCGCCACCACACUGGCUCACCGAUUGA